AUGAUUACUUAUAUCCUGCAUAAUAUCUUUGAUAUUCUUAACACUCCAACUAAUGUUAUUUUACUGUUGUUGGUGUUUAUCAUAACAUAUGGAUUGUUUAGUUUACGUAAACCGUCUGGGUUUCCACCUGGACCAAUGGGAUAUCCAUUUAUUGGCUCUAUGAUAGAUUUGAUGAACGAUCCCCACCUAACUCUUGUAAACUAUGGUAAGAAAUAUGGAGAUGUAUUUACAAUGAAGAUUGGCAGUCAGCCUGUGAUUGUACUCAACUCCAUAGAUGUUAUUAAAGAAGCAUUGGUGAAGAAACAGAAUGAUUUUGCUGGGAGACCAUAUUUUUAUUCAUUAUCAAGUCUGAUGGCAGAAGAGAGUCAAAACAUCAUAUUUGGUGACUUCACUACGAAGUGGAAACUGCAGCGAAAAAUAGGACAUCAAGCCAUUAGAAAUUAUGCCAGCGGAGAAAAUCUAGAAUCUCUCAUACGAUGUGACGCCUUUCCUAGUUUCCAGAGAGCUAUCGCUAAAAUCAAUGGAAAACCAUUCACCCCGAAAACAUUAAUGUACCUGCUUGUGGGAAAUAUCAUUGCUUCCAUGUGUUUUGGAAAAAAGUAUGAAUAUGAAGACCCCGAACUUCUAAAGUUUAUGGGAGUCUUGAAAGAUGUGAAUACAUCAUUCGGAAAUGGACUAGCAGCUGACUAUGUCCCUCUGUUCCGUUAUAUACCUACUCCCGGUCACAUUGCAGUUAAGAAACAUUUGAAAGAAUGGUUAAACGUAAUUCAACAUCAGAUAAAUGAACAUAAAGACAAGUUUGAAAAAGGUAGCAAAUUAAGCGGUGAAGGUAAUAAGAAAGUGAAAAGUCUCAUCGAUGACAUCUUAUCAAUUCAGCGUAAAGCAGAGUUGGCUGGAGACGACCAGGCCAAGCAACUUACAGACGUCAAUCUACGCCAGACUGUGUCUGAUAUAUUCGCAGCGGGACUAGACACCACGAUCAACACCUUAGAUUGGGCUGUUGCUUACCUAACGUACUACCCUGACGUGCAGUCCAAGGUACAGAGAGAAAUCGAUGACGUCAUUGGUGAUGGUCGUCUGCCGCUGUUAUCUGAUAAAGGAAAACUACCAUAUUGUGAAGCCGUUAUACACGAGGUCAUGCGAAUAAGAACAAUUGUCCCUUUUGCCUUACCCCAUACUACUACUGUCGAUACGUCUGUAGAACGAUUCCUGGAUGCAGAUGGAAAAUUAUUGCCCCAUCCAGACAGUUUCAUGCCCUUUUCAGCUGGACGCAGAGUGUGUAUGGGAGAAGCAUUGGCUAAGAAUGAACUGUUUCUCCUUUUCGCGAGUGUGUUCCAACACUACACAUUUAAGGUACCAACCGACGGCGAGAAGCCGUGCUUGAAGACGCAUUGCGUCGGGCAGGUUAUAAGAGUCUGUCCAUACGAGGUCAUUGCCGUUGAGAGAAUGAAAUGA